AGCUCGGUCGAGCUCAUGCCGUCCUCGUCGUCGUCGUCUCGCGCGCCGCCGCCGAGCAGGGGCGGUGCUGCUGCGGCGGCGGGGGGCUGUGUCGACGCCAACACCACCUUCGUGCAAGCCGACCCCGCCACGUUCCGCGCGCUCGUGCAGAGGCUCACGGGCGCGCCGGGGGGAGCCGGAGCCGCAGCGCCGCCAGCUGCAGAGAGGCAGCACCAGCACCCCGCGGGCGCUAUGGUGCCGGUGGUGCCGAUGAGGCGGCCGAAGCUGCAGGAGAGGCGGCGGGCGGCGCCGGCCAUGCUGGAGCUCGCGCGUCCGCAGCCGUUCUACUACCACCACAGCCACCAGCACCAGCACCACCACCACCACGGGCUCAUGCAGUACUCGCCGGUCUCGACCAUGGACUACGCCCACGUCUCCUCCUCCUCCUCGUCGCCCUCCCCGUCGCCGCCCUCCUCGUGCUCCUGCGGGGUGGUGAUAAGCAAGGAGGAGGUGGAGAGGGAGGAGAAGGCCAUCGCCUCCAAGGCCUUCUACCUGCACUCAUCGCCAAGAGCCGCCCCCGGCGCCGGAAGCGACGCCGCCGCCGAGAGGCCCAAGCUGCUGCCCCUGUUCCCCGUCCACUCUCCACGGAGCUCCUCCUUCGCCUAGCUCUAGCUAGUAAUUAGCCAUUACCUCUAGGCUCUACUGCUGUAGCUAGACUCUGGUCAACCCCGCCAUUAAUCCCCACGACCGACAUGCCGUGUUCGAUUCUCUGUACCACCUAGUAGCUGAUUCGCAUUAGAUGAUCCAUGACCGGACCAGUGUUGCUUCCUAAUUAUGCUUGAUUUGUUGCUCAA